AUGACAAGUUCGAUAUACAUGAAAAAUUACUACCCAACCCUUUCGGUAGCUCCAAAUGAAUACGACCAAGUAAGAGGGACUGAGGUGGUGGAGCGAGGCUCUCUUAAGCACACACCUCAGGCGAUUUUCCUAGACAUCGAAUCCAAGUGGGUGAGCCUAUUUGAGAAGAUUCAUAACCUUUUCAAUGUCUAUCGAAACUACAGGUUCAGUGAUCGUGGCAAGGAACAAUACAAUACUUUGCCUGGGGAUCUUUUUAUUUUAGCAAAUGCUAAACCUGAACCUAUUUCUGAAAUACAAUUGACUGGGAGGUCAUGGUCGUUUGCAUCUGUCACUCAUCUUGUGUCUAGCAUCUCACAAAUUCAGGAAACAGAUGGGAAUGGGGAUGUAGUUGAGGUUGAAGAUGUGGAAGAGGGUACUUCUCUUUGUUUUAAAAUCGAGUCUUCAAAAGAGUUUGAAGUCGACGAUAGCACAUCACUGUUUGUUGCUUUCUUGUUGAAUUUAAUCCCCAGUAGAAGAAUAUGCAACGCAUUGCAAAUGUCAGGAAAUCUAAAAAUUAUCAAGGAAGUUCUAUGCCCUGAUUCUGUGGCUCAGGAAAAUCUCUCCUAUAAAAAGAAUAAUGACAUUAUGGAGAAGGGGUUAGAUGAUAAUUUCUUGUCUGGACUGAAUAAGGCCCAAUCUGGGGCAGUUUUGGCCUGUCUUGGAAUGCUGCAUCAUGAUGCAAAGUCUUCGGUGGAACUUGUAUGGGGUCCUCCUGGGACAGGAAAAACUAAAACCAUAGCUACUCUGCUUUUUACUCUGUUAAAGAUGAAUUGUAGGACUCUUGUUUGUGCCCCAACAAAUGUUGCAAUAACUGAAGUUGCCGCUCGUCUUCUUAAAUUGGUGACAGAAGAGCAGUCCAAUGCAAUGUUUUGUUCACUCGGAGAAAUCCUUUUAUUUGGGGAUAAGGAACGAAUCAAACUCAAAGUUGGUUCAAAUAUUGAAGACUUAUAUUUGGGUCACCGUAUUCAAAGGCUCAUCGAGUGCUUAGGACCACAAACUGGGUGGAGGCAUUGCUUUGCUUCCAUGAUCAAUUUACUUGAACAUUGUGUUUGUCAUUACAAUAUUUACUUGGCUAAUGAGCUGACCAAAGAGAGGGAACAAAAUAGUGUUUGUGAAAUGAACAAUGAAAGCAGAAGUGAGCCAGAAUUUAGCGAGCGGAAGUGCAAAACAUUUAUUGAAUAUUUCAGAGAUACAUUUGUGUCUACUGCAACACCACUAAAAUAUUGCAUCUCUAUCUUCAGUACCCAUAUAAGCAAAUACUGCAUUUCAGAACACAUAUUCAGUGAUAUGGUUUCUCUUAUCCUGUUAGUUGAUUCCUUUGAGAUGUUGCUGUUUGAAUGUAAUGUUCAUUCAGAAGCAUUGGAGGGCCUUUUUUCUUGUUCAGAGGUAGGGGCUGCAUCUGAGUUAUACAUGGUUCACUCAAUUCCUCUCUUCAUCCAGAGAAGAGAAUGCCUUGCAGCUUUACGCGCUUUACAGUGUUCUCUUAGUGAACUUGAGCUCCCAGAUUUUAGGGAUGAAAGUGAUCUAAUGGAUUUAUGUUUCCAAAGUGCAUCCUUAGUAUUGUGUACUGCAUCCAGUUCCUUUAAGUUGCAUAGAGCAGAAAUAUCAUUUACCAUUGUGGUUAUUGAUGAAGCCGCACAAUUGAAGGAGUGUGAAUCAACUAUACCCCUCCAGUUACCUGGAGUAAGACAUGUCGUUCUUGUUGGUGAUGAAUGCCAAUUACUAGCUAUGGUGAAAAGCAAUGUCUCUCGAGAAUCUGGUUUUGCAAGAAGUUUGUUUGAUAGGUUAAGCUCAAUGGGUCACCCAAAACACCUUUUAGAUAUGCAGUACAGAAUGCAGCCAUCAAUAAGUUGCUUCCCAAAUUCUUGUUUUUAUAAUAACCGGAUUCUGGAUGCUCCUAAUGUAACACAAAAAAGCCAUGAGAAGCACCAUCUUCCUGGUCCAAUGUUUGGUCCUUAUUCUUUUAUAAAUGUAAAUGAUGGAAGAGAGGAUAAGGAUGAGAACGGACAUAGUCGAAAGAAUAUAGUCGAGGUUUCUAUUGUUUUGAAAGUACUUCGGAAUCUGUACAAAGAAUGGAUAAAUUCAAAACCGAAACUCAGUGUUGGUGUGGUAUCUCCCUAUGCUGCUCAAGUAGCAGCAAUUCAGAAAAAUGUAGGACAAAAGUAUGACAGUCUUGAUAGCUUUAAAGUAAAGGUAAAGACGGUUGACGGGUUCCAGGGUGGGGAAGAGGACAUAAUUAUUAUGUCCACUGUAGGAUCCAACAGCCAUCCAUCCCUAGAGUUCAUUUCAAAUCCCCAAACAGUCAAUGUUGGUAUCACAAGGGCGAGGCACUGUCUUUGGAUUUUGGGGAAUGAAAGAACCCUAUGCAGUAGUGAUUCUGUUUGGAAGGCCUUGGUUCUUGAUGCCAAAAGUCGUGGAUGCUUCUUUAAUGCUGAUCAAGACAAGGAUUUGGCCAAGGCCAUAGUAGACAUAAAGAAAGAGUUGGACCAAUUUGAUAUUUUCUCAAAUAUCUCAACAAUACUUUUCAAAAAUGCCAGAUGGAAGGUGCUUUUUAGUGAUAAGUUUUUGAAGUCAUUCAAGAAACUGAAGUCAGCCUCUGUGAAGAAGUCCGCACUUAAUCUGCUACUGAAGCUCUCAAGUGGGUGGAGGCCUAAUAAGCGCAGUGUAGAGACAAGUUGUGGUAGCUCGUCAAUAAUCUUGAAGAAAUUCAAGGUUAAAUAUCUAUAUAUUGUUUGCACAACAGACAUUGCAGAGGAUGUGAGAUACGUUCAAGUAUUAAAGGUCUGGGACAUUUUACCACUUGAGGAUAUCCCAAAGUUGGUAUAUCGCCUGGAGACUAUUUUAAACAGAUAUACAGAUGCUUUUAUUAAUCUUUGCAAGGAGAAAUAUUUUGAGGGUAAUUUGGAAGUUCCACAGGCUUUGGAAUUUUCCCGGUUUAAGGAUCCUAGUGUCACUGAAACCAAGGGAGAUUUUUUUAGUGACACUUCAGACAGCAGAAGCUAUGUUGAGAAUUCACAGGUCAGCGAGAGUUUGUUGCUAAUGAAAUUUUACUCUUUAUCAUCUGGUGUGGUGAACCAUUUGCUUUCUGACCGUGAGGGUAGAGAAUUGGAUCUUCCAUUUGAAGUUACAGACCAGGAAAUGGAGAUUAUAAUUCAGCACAGAAGUUCUUUUAUAGUUGGACGGUCAGGUACUGGGAAGACCACUGGUCUAACCAUGAAAUUAUUCCAAAAAGAACAGUGGCACCAUUUGGCUUUACAGGGCUGUUCUGUUAUUGAAAAUAGCACUGCUGAGCAAAGUUCUGCAGCUACCGAAGGGAAAGUUAUACGCCAGCUUUUUGUUACAGUGAGUCCUAAGCUAUGUUUUGCUAUCAAGCAACAUGUUACACAUUUAAAACGUUUUGCAUGUGGUGGAAGUCACUCAGCUCAAAGAAGUUUGAUUGAUAUGAUCGAUUUUGAUGAGGAGGAAUCACAAUUCAAGGACAUCCAAGACUCAUUUCAUGAUAUUCCUCCAAGUUACUACCCUCUUGUGAUAACAUUCCAUAAGUUCCUGAUGAUGCUUGAUGGAACAUUGAGUAACUCAUACUUUUCAAGGUUCCAAGAUGCAUCAAUUCCUCAUGACCAAUUGAGAAAUUCGAGAUCAGUUGCAUUUCAGGCCUUUUUUCGGACAAAAGAAGUCAAUUAUGAGCAGUUUAGUUCAUUAUAUUGGCCCCAUUUUAAUACUCAGCUAACCAAGAACCUUGAUGCUGCAUGUGUCUUUACAGAGAUUAUUUCUCAUAUAAAAGGUGGCUUGGGAGCUAUUGAAGCAUGUGAUGGGAAACUCAGCCAGGAGGAUUAUGUUAAACUCUCAGAGGGCCGAUCUUCUGAUAUAACUAAGCCAAAAAGAGAACAGAUAUACGAGAUAUUUCAAGAUUAUGAGAAAAUGAAGAUGGGUAAUGGUGAAUUUGAUAUGGCUGAUUUUGUAAUUGAUCUUCAACGUCGACUUAAGCAUGAAAAGUAUGUGGGUGAUCAGAUGGAUUUUAUUUAUAUUGAUGAGGUUAAAGAUCUCACAAUGAGUCAACUUGCUUUGUUCAAACAUAUGUGCAACACUGUAGACGAGGGAUUCGUCUUUUCUGGUGAUACAGCACAAACAAUUGCCAGGGGUACUGAUUUCAGGUUCCAAGAUAUACGGCAUUUGUUCUACAAGAAUUUGUGCUGGAUUUAUCAUUUGACACAAAACAUCCAUACCCAUGCUGGUAUAUUGAAGUUAUCGCAGAGCAUUAUUGAGUUAAUCUAUCGCUUUUUUCCUUUUUCAAUUGAUGUUUUAAAACCAGAAAGCAGUCUGAUUUAUGGGGAAGCUCCGGUUAAAUGUGGCGACGGUGAAUUGGAAAGAGCUGCUGAAUGUUUUACACUAGCAGGAUGCUAUGACGAUGCUGCAGAAGUGUAUGCUAAAGGCAAUUUUUUCUUAGAGUGUCUCUCUGUCUGUUCCAAAGGCAAACUAUUUGAUAGGGGUUUGCAAUAUAUUGAUUAUUGGAAAAGGCACGCAGAACAGAACUCUUCUUUAAUUAGAGGAGAGGACAUACAUAUGAUGGAACACGAAUUUCUAGAGAGCUGUGCACUCCACUAUCAUAGGAUGAAAGAUAGCAGAUCAAUGAUAAAAUUCGUGAAGGCCUUCCGAUCUAUAUUAUUGAUGCGGAAUUUUUUGAAGAGUUUAGGUAGCCUUGAUGAACUUAUUUUGCUGGAAGAUCAAUUCGGAAACUAUUUGGAAGCUGCAGAGAUUGCACAGCUUAAAGGUGACAUUCUUCUUCAAUCUGAUUAUCUUGGAAAGGCAGGUGAGUUCAAAGAGGCCUCAAUGCAUGUCCUAUUUUACGUGCUUGCCAGCUCUCUUUGGUCAUCUGGCAGCAAGGGCUGGCCCAUGAAGAAGUUGGCACAAAAUGAGGCUCUUUUGACAAAAGCCAAGUCAGUUGCCAAGAAUGAAACAGCUGACUUUUAUGAGUUGGUUUGCACCUAG